AUGAUGUCAUCAACAUUGAUAGAUAAGAAACCCGUCUGGUUGUGGCAAUCGAAUUCAAAUCCAUGGGAUACGAAUGAAAAAGAAGAAUGGAAACGCUAUUCGGAUUUUGAAAAUGAAUAUAUUGAAGAAGCUUUUCAAGCACAAGCAAAUGAAGUGCAACUUGGUGAUUACAUUAUUGAUUUAAAAUAUAAUAUUCAGUUUAAAAAUGGUGAAAUAUGUCGACAAAGAAUAGUUAAACGGGAAUUAAUUGAUACUCAUCAAAAUGUGAGAUGUGAACGAUUUUCAUAUCCAGAGAAACCAGUGAAAUCUUUCGGUAUUGAUAUUAAAUGGGAUAAUAGUCUUAUCAAACAUUGGAAAGAAACACAUGAAGAUUUGAUAACCAACUAUCCAGCUGUAGUUGAGUUAACUGUUCAAGGAAUUUUACAUGAAGGUAAACUGUUGAAGAAAGAUAUUGAUGCACAAAGAAUAGCGAAUUAUCUGAAAACUUGUGAACCAAAUUGGGAUCAAUUGGGACGAUGUGCUAUUCGUUUGUACACAGCAUCGUCUUUUCUUUGUGAUUCAGUUAACACAGCUUUAAGAAAUAAGGACAUGACUAAAGUUGACACAUUGGGUCCAUUUUGCUACUUGUUAUCAGAACGUUUAUUCUCGGGUGACUAUUGUCCCAAUCAAAUACUUUAUCGUGGUGCAACUCUUACAAAUGAGAUGAUUGAAGAAUAUAAACAAGUGGUUGGAACAGAAAUUACUUGGUUAUCGUUCACAUCUACCACAAAAGAUCGAUGUGUCGCAGAAAUGUAUACUGGUAAUGUUCUUUUUAUUAUAACAUUGAAAUAUAAAAUAUGGUCUUAUGAACAAGACGUUUCUUCGAUCUCAUAUUAUCCCGAUGAAGCAGAAGUUCUACUAACGGCAGGUUAUCAGUUUCAUGUUGACAAAGUCGAAUUUGAUUCAAUUAAUGAAAAACAUAUCAUAUACAUGACAACAUUAUCUGGUGAGAAAUUUUUAAAUCCAAAUAUGCACACUAAAGUUCUCCCCGAACGUUCCACCAAUCCUGAUCUUAAUAACUGUAUCUAUCUAUUUGGUACGGGAAUGACUAUUGGUACCGCGGCAAUGUGCGAUGGUAAACUUCGUGUUUAUCACUUUCCACCUUUGGAUAUGGAAUGA